AGUUACUUCCCGGCAACGUCUGAUCCACAGCCACCGUUACUCUCUCUCUCUCGCAAUCCGCUGUUCUCUGCCUGGGCAGCGGAACUCGUCACCAUUUUUAUUUUUUCUCUUUCAUUCCGCCUCCCACUUCACUGCUUGUGCGUCACCAAAAGUCAUCUUCUUUAUUUCUUCUUGGUUACUGGGCCUCGACCCCUGUCUUCUAGCCAUGUCGCACCGACGCGCCAGAGAGGAGAUGUCCGAUCGCGGCAGCCCCAACAGUGCCGCGCAGCGCACCUUCGCCUCCGCCCCCGUCCACCGCCCUCCCCGCCCACGCCACGCAGGACAGCCCCACCCAUGCGCGGCGCCUGGCCAUCGGCGUGGCGGCUGCUGUGGCGUGCUGCAGAAGGUGGCGAACGUGGCGGUUGGCAUCGUGCACACGAUUGUCCCGCCGGGUGGCAUUCUCUCCGGCGCCUUCAACAUGGCGAGCGCGUCCAUCGGUGCGGGUAUCCUGGGCCUGCCCUCCGCCACCGACUCCGCCGGCCUCAUUCUGGCUAUGAUCUACCUUGUCAUCAUCACGUACUUCUCCGUGUUCUCCAUGUACAUCCUUGCCCUGGCGGCGCAGAGCACCCGCAUCAAGAGCUUCGAGGGCAUGGCGCGCUGGCUGUUCCCGUACGGGAACUACGCCUUCUCCUACUGGGCCGCGUUCAUUCGGUGUUUUCACUCCUUUGCAGCCGGCGUCGUCUACGUGAUCAGCAUGGGAGACUGCUUCUCAGCUAUUUUUGGCAGCGCCUUUGACAAGAACCCCAACAGCACCGCCCUCAAGUUCCUGGCGACGAAGGAGGGAAAUCGUGUAGUAACGAGCAUGGUGUGGCUGUGCGUGAUGGUGCCGCUGGUGGUGCCGAAGCACGUCGACUCCCUCCGCUACGCCUCCGCAACUGCGGUGACGUUUAUGGUGUACUUCGUCAUCGUGGUGGUCAUCCACAGCUGCCGCCACGGGCUGCCCGAGAAUGUGCACAACGUGAGGCUGGUCGGCAACCAGGAACACGACGUUGAUCUGGCCGUGAACGCGGUGUUUCUUUUCCGCACCGGCAACUCCGUCAUUCAUUCCGUCGGUGUGUUCAUGUUUUCUUACAUCUGUCAAAUCAACGCUUAUGAGAUAUUUUGGGACUUCAGGCCGGAGAUUCGCACGACGAAGAACUACACCUGGUCGGCGCUUAUCGGCGUGCUGAUCUGCGGCGUGCUCUACAUUCUCGUGUGCGUGUUCGGCUACUUCGAUUUCGGCAGCAAGAACCUCCUCGGCAAGUCGCUGCUGCUGAUGUACCACCCGCUGGAGGAGGCGGACGUGAUGAUCGCGUACGUUGGCGUCAUGAUCAAGCUGUGCGUCGCGUACGCGCUGCUGAUACUUUCGGCGCGCAACUCACUCUACUACUUGAUCGGCUUCCAGCACCGCUACCGCAACCGCCCCGACGCCGCGGCGGCCCUGUGUGCCCCGUCGACUCCAUCAUUUGACAAUGUCACGAUGGAGCGUGUCGAAGAUGCGGACGACAUGGUGCAGCAGCCGUCAGUGAAGGCAGCAGUCACCGAUGAGGUGUGUGAGGUGAGGACGAUGGACGGGCAGCACGAGACCACGCAGGAGGGCGUGGAGAAGGGGCAACCGGGCGCUGACAACGAUGGUGUGCCGCUGACGGUGGAUGAGGUGGAUAAAGAUUUUGAAGACAACACCACGGAAGACACCACCUACGUCGACAAUAUCCCGUUCUGGAAGCAUCUCAUUGUCGUGCUGUCGCUCUCCGCCGCGUCGCUGCUGUGCGGCCUGUUCAUUCCGAACAUCAACACCGUCUUCGGCUUUGCGGGGUCGAUCAGCGGCGCGUGUAUGGCCUUCGUGUUCCCUGCGCUCUUCUUCAUGUACUCCGGCAACUUCAGCGUGGCGCAGGUGGGCUGGUUCACCUACCUCAACACCUACAUCCUGCUGCUCUGCGGUGUGGUCGGCAUCGUGUUUGGCACCGGCGGCACGAUCUACGACACAAUUUGA